UCCGGGCGGCUGCGGGGAGGAAGGAAGGGAGGGAGGGCGGCCGGCUCCCUUCCUUUCACGCCAGAUUUUGCAAAAGGCAAAGUCCAGUUUACCCCUUUCGCAAGAAUUAAAAGAGGCGGCUCCGUUACUUGUGUUCGUUUUUUUCUUUUUUCUUUUAACGUCUAGGGAGAGCCAUGGCCGCCCGCUUGUUCGAGGGGAAAGACCACGCAGUUUUUUACCAGAAAUACCGGUUCUCCCUCCAGGAGAACCAGCAAAGGGUGAUUUUCUCAUACCUGGAUGAAAAGUUGAGUUCUUUUCGUCUGGCCGUGGACGUGGGGUGCGGCUCAGGCCAGUGCACUCACCUGCUGGCCAAGCGUUUCGAGAAGGUGGUCGGGACCGACAUCAGUGAUGCUCAGAUUGAGGAAGCCAAUCGGGCGCCCCACCCUCCCAACGUCUCUUACCUCGUCUGCCCGGCGGAGAAGCUGCCCUUCGAAGACCACUCCGUGGACCUGGUGACGGCGUUUUCGGCGGCCCACUGGUUCGACAUUCCUCGCUUCAUGGCGGAAGUGGAGCGGGUUCUCAAACCCACCGGUUGCGUGAUCUUGUCCAGCAGCACGUUGGACAUGAGGCUGCACUACGGGGAUCGUACGGAGAAGCUCACACAGAUUUUCACGCAGUUUCAAGAACAGCUGAAUGUGUACGCCAAUGAAAAGAUCAACCGAGUUACGGAUGACUACGAAGAAAUAUUCAUGUCCCUGCCCUUCCAGGACAAAAAGAGAAUUACCGGUGUGCUUGAUAAAGUCCCCAUGACUGUGGCUGAGCUGAUGGGAUUAAUCCAGUCGUUCUCCAUGUACCAAAUGUUUCUAAAAGACCAGCCUGAGGCAGCCAAAGCUGCCCUCCAAAAUACCGAACAAAGGAUCCUGGAGACGAUGGGAGUUUCUUCUCGAGAAACGCAGCUGGAGUUUUGGACACGACAAGUCUGUGUUCUGGGUUGCAGGAGCUCUUAACUGCAUAUCAGUGAUGCCGCACCCCAAGAGAAAAAUCAGGCCAUGAAGAGGUGGGGUUGGGUAGGGGCAAAGAGAAAAGUCCCCAAAUUAUCCUGAUCCUCAGGUACUGUGGCUCAAAGGUAGACUGCUCCUGCAGCUGGUGUUUCUAUGGAAUGCUCGGGGUAUCAUUUUUUGGGGGAUACACUUUAAAAAGCUACUAAUGCUCACAGCACACAAUACAGUGGUGCCUCGCUUAACGACGAUAAUCCGUUCCAGGAAAAUCGCUGUUAAGCGAAAACAUCGUAAA